UUUGAACCUGGCUGUGAAGAAAUCCACAGCUGCUGACCUAUAGUCCAUGAGGGAGAAGAAGAAACCCCUAUAAAACAGCCACCAGUGGGUAGCCCAUCCUACUGAGCUGGGCUAACUGUGGAGAGGGAGCCUUGUGGCCACCAUGAACUUCACCGGCAAGUACCAACUGCAGAGCCAGGAAAACUUCGAGGCCUUUGUGAAGGCAGUGGGGUUGCCUGAUGACGUCAUCCAGAAGGGGAAGGAUGUCAAGGGGGUGAUAACAGAAAUCGUGCAGAAUGGCAAGCACUUCAAGUUCAUCAUCAGCACAGGGCCAAAAGUGACCAAGAAUGAAUUCACCUUGGGACAGGAGUGUGAAUUAGAGACCAUGACUGGGGAUAAGGCCAAGGCCGUGGUUACCAUGGAAGGUGACAAGCUGGUGACAACUUUCAAAAAUAUCAGAUCUGUGACUGAACUCAAUGGGGACAUCCUGACCAGCACCAUGACCCUGGGUGACAUUGUCUUCAAGAGAAUCAGCAAGAGAAUUUAGACAAGUCUGCCUUUCAUACUCUUUUACUGUGUAAAAUUAAUCUAAUAAAAUGAACUUUGUUUAAAGAAAA